AUGGAAAAAACAGAUAGUUUAGACGAUUCCAAGUCCAUGGACAGGAUAUCCGAGUUGCCGAAUGACAUCUUGCAGAGAAUACUUUAUUUCCUCUCCCAAGAAGAUGCUGUCAGAACAUCUGUCUUGUCCAAAUCAUGGCGUGACAUCUGGCGUACUCGCCCCAAUCUUGAUUUUAGAGGCCCGUUCAACUUGAACGAUUUGAAACAAAAAUUUCUAUCCUUAGUGGAAAAUACUUUACAGCGAUAUUGUGAUCAUAGGUUGUCCUUAGAAGAAUUUCACCUCCAUAUAUGGUUGGACGAUUUUUGGUAUCAAAAAUCGGUUUCGCUGCUCGAAAAAUGGAUCCCCAGACUCAAAAAUAUGGGUGUGAAGGAGUUUCGUCUUUCUAUUUGCUCGGAACAUUAUCCAAGAUACACUGAUCUGGAUCUGCCAUGUGUAGUCUUCGAGCAAGAAUCGCUCCGACAUUUGCGUGUGCGAAGAUUCAAGUUGGACCGAAAGGCUGUUGAAAGGAUAGUACUCUUGAAUAAUCUACGAUCACUUCACCUCCAAGAAAUCAACAUCGAGGACGAAGAGGUUUUUCAGAAGAUAAUCUCGAACUGCCCUUCGAUUGAAACGAUGCGUAUUGAAAAUUGCGAGGGGUCAAGAAACAUUAAUGUGGAUAAUCUUCGUCGUCUCAAGGACUUUCACUCAUCGGGUUUUAACUUAGGCGUAGCAAAUACGGAACGCUGUAGCUUUGAAAUAAGUCACCAAUCUAUUGAAACCAUCUUCAUUACAUACGGUAACCUCUUGUUUCACAAAGGUGUGGAGUUUCGUUUUCUCGACGUGUUACGUCUGCACGGUGUCAGAUUGUUGCCGGACAACUUGUCAUCAUGUAAAUUCCCAAGUCUCAAACGUCUGGUUCUCGACCAUUGUGAUGGAUUCGAAGUAAUCGAGCUAUUUAUCGAUGCCCCAAAAAUAAAAUCUUUUGAAUACAAAGGAAACUUUGUCCCAUCGAUCACUUUCGUGACCACCCAGAACGAGUGGGAUUCACAUAUAUUUGUGCGUUCGGCCGAUGCUUCUUCUUCUUGGUGGUUCAUCAAGCUAAACGAACUGCUUAAGUCAUUAAGCCAAUCGAAUAUUCGUAGUCUGGCCAUUUAUUAUAUAUACCAUCCCCGGAAUAUUGUUCAUGAACCACAAUUCGUUAUUCUGGAUAAGCCUGUUGUGGUGGAGAGCGUGAAACUGAAAUGCGACAAUUCGACUCUAUUUUCACCUCUUUUAAAUGGGGUGUUUCGUAUUUUUCGUCCAAGAAACAUCUGCGACUUCGACAUGGUGGCAUGGGAUAUGGACGUCAUCGAGUGUCUGUGGAAGAUUUUCAUGGAGAGAGAAAGCGGAGACAAAGACGAACCGUUCAGACGGUUUUGGAAACGAGAGUUGGAGGAAGUAAGCAUGGAGAUUUAUGACGACAAUCGAAAAGAAUGGAGCCCGACACAUUUGUCCGAAGUGCGAGGAGAAUUGCGAUACUGCGUGCAAGUGAAACUUAUCCGUGCUCGCUUUGCAUUGAAAUGGAGAGAGAACUUUAAUUUGCCAGACUUUGAGCCCCUCCACGAUUCGAUAAAUUAG